ACAUUUCUUGCAUGUUUGAAUUGUCUCUGUGAUUCAAUAUCUCUCUCUACCGCACCUCAGAUACUUAUAGUGUCAGAAAAGGAGAGAAAUCCCAUCUCUCCAAGCUGCUGGAGAACGUUAUGAGAGUGAAUUUUAGUUCAAGAAUUGGUUAAACGACAAGUCUUUAUCGAGGGAUUCUACCCGUACCCUUGUUGUGAAGCAUUGUCAAAGCUUUUGUUGAGUUGUAACUGUGCAGAAACUAGAAAGAUGUUUGGGAAGUCAGUGGUCCAAGUGUCAACAUGCCCUCCUAUGCUAUCUUCGUCAUCAUUGAUUAAUGUAUCUCCUGGUUCUUCAAAUUUCCUGCCUUGUCUUCCAGCAAGACCGCAAAAGAAACUCUUGGGGGUGCGGGCUAUGUCAGCAGAUACAGGACAUAGCCAACCACCACCCUCUUCUUCGGAGAAGAUGAAUCCACUUGCUGUUGUUUUGGAGGUACCUGUUAAUAUUUGGAGGCAAACGUUAAAGCCAUUAGGUGAUUUUGGGUUUGGUCGGAGGAGCAUAUGGGAAGGUGGUGUUGGGUUGUUUCUUGUGUCUGGUGCAGUGCUUGUUGCACUCAGUUUGGCUUGGUUGCGGGGCUUUCAGCUGCGAUCUAAAUUCAGGAAGUACCUGGCUGUCAUUGAGUUUGCUCAGGCUAGUGGUAUUUGCACAGGAACACAUGUUAGGAUUAGAGGGGUCACUGUUGGUGAAGUUGUCCGUGUUAAUCCUUCCUUGAAGAGUAUUGAAGCAGUUGUGGAGGUUGAGGAUGAUAAAAUUUUCAUACCUAGAAAUUCACUAAUUGAGGUGAACCAAUCUGGUCUUCUCAUGGAAACAAUGAUUGAUAUUACUCCCCGUGAUCCAAUUCCAAAACCUUCUGUCGGACCUCUUGAUGCUGAAUGUGUUAAAGAAGGUCUAAUUGUAUGUGAUAGGCAAAGGAUAAAGGGAAUUCAAGGGGUGAGUCUGGAUGCCUUGGUUGGGAUAUUCACCCGUAUUGGACGUGAAGUAGAGGAAAUUGGUGUUGCCAAUAGCUAUGCCCUGGCUGAGCGUGUUGCUGCUGUUAUUGAAGAGGCAAAGCGACUGCUUACAAAGAUAAAAGCCAUGACCGAAGAUGUUCAACCUUUGCUGUCUGAGUUUCGUGAUAGUGGCCUACUAAAGGAAGUUGAGAACUUAACCAGAAGCCUAACACUAGCUUCUGAAGAUUUAAGAAGGGCACAUACAUCCAUUAUGACACCGGAGAACAGUGAGUUGAUUCAGAAGUCCAUUUACAGUCUGAUUUUCACUUUGAAAAACAUUGAGAAUAUAAGCUCUGAUAUUCUGGGAUUCACGGGUGAUGAGGCUACAAGACGGAACUUGAAAGCACUUAUAAAGUCCCUCAGCAGGUUAUUAUGAGAGCAAAUGAACUGUGAGCAUGGCAUGGUAAUCUUCAACAAUUGAUUAUUAGAUGGCAUGAAAUGUUUUCAUGAUUAUGUUAGCAUUGAUGUAGAAGGGCUCAUGCCAGAGUGUUUGUUGAAUGUUUUCCCUUGGCCUAGCUAGAAGAGACAGGUAAUGCUUCUUUGACGAAAGCAUUUUUGUUAUAGGAAACCGUUGAUUGGCAUUCUGAGUAUCUUUUCCCAACCAAGAAAUUAAGUCCAUUUCGCAGAA